CAGAACCAUUGGAGGAGAUGUAGAACAUUACUCACCUUAUUACUCUCCUGCUGCACACGUCAGACAACAUGGCCGGGCUAAAAUAUAAAAUAUUGGCAUCAGUGGCAAUUGUCCUUCACAUUGCCCAGUUCACAGUUGGCUAUAGCUUCAGGAAUUGCACUGAGGAUCCAACCUCAAACCACACAAAAUUCAUUUGCAUCCAUCACCAGGCAAAGAACAUUUCUACCAUUGUAGGUGACCUGCCACCUUAUGCCACCACAAUUAUAAUCUCCGUAAACCUGAUAAAACACAUACCUGACAAUACCUUUGAUCACUUUCCUAACCUCAGGACUCUUCAGAUUGACAAUAACCAUCUGGAGACCAUAGAUAACCAGCCAUUCCAAAAUAUGAGCCAACUGAAGAGCCUAAACCUGUCCUUGAACAAAAUAUCAAAUCUCAGCUCCUCUGUAUUUCAAGACCUCAAAAACCUUGUCAACCUGUCACUAAAUAAUAACUCACUGAUUAUGCUCCCUCCGGGUAUUUUCUCUUCACUCUCCAAUCUGGAUGUCCUCAUAUUACGGCAGAACUACCUGAACAACUUCUCUGCGGUGGCAGAAUCUGUGACUCACUUAACGAAGCUGACAAAACUAGACCUGUGCAAUAACUAUCUAACGUCCCUCCAUCAUUCUAACCAUACAGACCUACCGGAGUCCCUCACCUCCCUCUAUCUCUGUAAAAACAAACUGGUCACUUUAGCAUGUGAGUGGGGCUUCCUCAGCCAUGUACUACUGCUGGAUCUCUCCUACAAUAACCAGCUCCCUUCGAGGGCUUUUCAAGGUCUGGACUUGCAGAAGCUAAACUACAUGCGUUUGCGUUCAACCAAUGUUACAGUGCCAGAGCUUUUGAAUGUCAGCAAUGUUAGAGCUGGGAACAUAGACUUCUCUGGUAUGGGGUUGAAGACUGACAAUCUGCUCAUGGAGUUAUGCAGCCUUUUGAGUACAAAGGUCACAUUUGUUAAAAAGUUGAGUCUGGGAAGCAAUGGGAUUCUGUCAUUGCGAAAGAACACACUUUCAAACUGUCCACCAAUCCGAGGUUUAUUGGACCUUUCCUUCAACCAGUUGAGGAAGGUAAGAUGCCUCCACUUUCUUAAAGGACAGGAUCAAAUCAAGAACUUCACAGCAGAGAAAAACCACCUCACCUCCCUAAUGUCCUGCAACAGACAGAACCUCUCUUUCCCAAAUCUGACAGAUCUGAGCUACCGUUACAAUCGCAUACUCAAAGUCAACUCUUUUGCUUUCCACCACACACCAAAUGUGAAGACCCUACAACUCAACAUAAACAUAAUCGCCUAUCUUGACCAUAAGGCUUUCAGUGGGCUGACUAGUCUUGUCACACUGCGUCUGGACAAUAACCUCCUGACCGAUCUGUACAAGGAUAGCUUUGAAGAUCUGCAUAGCCUGGAAAUACUUAAUCUACGUAACAAUCAGAUAGCUGUUAUUUUCAACAAGACUUUCCAUUCACUCAAAUGCCUGCACAUUUUGGAUCUUGGAGGGAACAAAAUCAGUCAUUUUGAAGAGUCAGCCUUUGUGGGGCUCGUUAACCUGGCCAAUUUGUACCUCGACGGAAACAAUCUCAAACAGAUCGACAGCGCCAAGUUUAAACCAUUCCACGCCACACUUGAAGUUCUUGAUCUACAUGGGAAUCAGGUUAGCUUCUCCUCUAAACGUACCAACUCUCCUUUCGUGAAUCUAACAAAACUUCGCAACCUCAAACUAGAUGCGCAGAUGCCCCACGGCCUCAACAUGCUGCCUUAUGCCUUUUUCCGUGGUCUCAACUCCCUCCAAUCGCUCUACCUCACCGACAAUCACAUCUUCAGCUUCGCAGCAGACACUUUUGACGAUCUGACCAACUUGACUUUCCUCUCCUUGGACAACUCCUGUGCCGGGGUGAUGCAGCUGCAGCCGGGCGUCUUCAAAAACCUGCGGAAAUUGAGCAAGCUCAGUGCAAGGAACAUGGGCAUCCAGUCCUUCUCAAAUGAGGUUUUUGGGAAUCUGACAGAGCUGCAGAUCUUGCUUCUCAACCAAAACGUAAUGCAAUCCUUAGAUUGGAAAGUGCUGGAGGCUCUCCCUAAACUGCGCUACCUGGACCUGCGCAACAUUCCUCUUAGUUGCACCUGCAUCAACAGUCACCUGCAGAACUGGACUUUGACUAACCAGAGAGUCCAGUUAGUCUUACUAUACAGUUUACAGUGCCAAGAUAAAAAACUCCAAAAAAGCUUCUACAACUUUGACACCAAUGUUUGCUACCUGGACCUGGGAGAGUACCUUUUUGCUACCACAACCACUGUGAUUUUACUGCUGACUAUAAUCCCACUUCUCUACACCAAGCUGUAUUGGAAACUGAAGUAUAGCUAUUAUGUGUUCCGCUCCUGGUUCGGCCAACACUGGCGCAGGCUGAGGCAGAAAGAGGAGCACUGCAAAUACGAUGCUUUCAUCUCCUAUAACUCGGCGGACGAGCCCUGGGUACUAGACCAGCUACUUCCCAACCUGGAGGGCAACGGAGCCUCUUUCCGGCUGUGCCUGCACCACCGUGACUUUGAGCUGGGCCGCAACAUUGUGGACAACAUCGUCUCCGCCGUGUACAGCAGCCGCAAGACCAUCUGCGUGGUUAGUAGGAAUUUCCUGUGCAGCGAGUGGUGCUCCCUGGAGAUCCAGCUGGCCAGCUACAGGCUCUUCCACGAGCUCCGGGACGUGCUCCUGCUCAUCUUCCUGGAGCCCAUCCCUGAAAGACAGCUGUCGGCUUACCACCGUAUGAGAAAGGUCAUGUUGAAGAAGACCUACCUGCAGUGGCCGGGGUCAGACUGCACUGACCCGGUCAAAGCCCAGGAACUGUUUUGGAACCAUCUGAGGAGGGCACUGAGGAGCGGGAGCAGCAGGUUUGAAGAGGAGGAUGAGGGGAGGGAGGAAUACUUCAAUCAGCCACCGACGGAUGAUAACUAUUACUUAAUGCCUUAAGGAAAGGGUUAUAGGACACACUUUGCCCUAGCAGCAGCCUGAU